AUGUCUCAUCAAACUGGAAUUCAAGUUUCUGAAGAACUUGGAGAAUUGUUUGCAAAUGCAGUUGCUAAAGGAGAUUUAAGAAUAAUACGUGUAUCAAUAAUUAAUGAGUCGCUCGUUCCCAAUGGUACAAGAGAAAUUAAAAGUGAUUGGAAAUCGGAUUUUUCUGAGAUUGCUGAAUUUUUAGAAGAAGAGGUUCCAUGUUUUAUACUAUAUCGUCUUGACAGUAAAUCUUCAUCUGGAGAUUAUGAAUGGUUAUUUGCUGCUUAUGUCCCUGAUCAUUCCAAGGUAAGAAAUAAAAUGUUGUAUGCAGCUACACGUGCUACACUGACAAAAGAAUUGGGUAACAAUCGCUUUGUUGAUUCAAUGUAUGGAACUUCAAUGUCUGAAUUUACAUUGGAGGGCUAUGAACAACACAAAAAACAUCAAAAUGCUGAUGCACCAUUGACACAACGUGAAAAAGAAUUAGCAGAGAUUAAAAUUGCGUUCCCUUUAACUGAUGAAGCAAUAGAAGCAAUUAAAUCUUUAAAAAGUGACAGCAAUAAGAAUAAUUUUUCAAUUGAUACAGAGAAAGAAAAUGGUAGUUAUGAUGAUAAUAAGAUUAAUAAUAAAAAAGUAAAGAAAGUUAAUAAAUCUAAAGAAGUUAAUAAAUGA